UAUAUUAAUUUAUAUUUAUAUUGAAUUAAUUUGGUAUUAAAUUAAUUUGAUAAUUUGAUUGAUAUUGAUUGCAGUUCACACUGUAUUUAGAUAGAUUUCAAUAUCAGUCCUUCUCUUCUAGCAAUUUUUUUUGAAUGAAAAAAUAAAUAAACUUAACAAUAGUGUAGUGUAGUAAAGAACGAAGAAUUAAAUGAAAGAAUGGUUCGAAACAAAGAAAUACAAUAGUUACAACUGUAUGCAUAUGGAUUUACAAAAACUCUAUGAUAGUUAAAAACUAAAAACGAGAUAGUUCUGAUGAUUCCGUUUUUUAAUUUAAAAAUUAAUAUUAUUAUUUCAACUUGUGGAUCUUAAUUAAAAGUAAUAAUUGAUUGGUUGAUUGUAUCAUUAACCAUUUUUUCUUUUUUGUUUUGUGUGAGGAACUUACCAUGAAUCCACUGAUUUCUGCCGCUUCCGUUAUUGCUGCUGGAUUGGCCGUGGGGCUUGCUUCUAUUGGACCUGGAGUUGGUCAAGGUACUGCUGCAGGCCAAGCUGUAGAAGGUAUUGCGAGACAACCGGAAGCAGAGGGUAAAAUACGAGGUACUUUAUUGCUUAGUCUAGCUUUUAUGGAAGCUUUAACAAUUUACGGACUGGUUGUGGCAUUAGCACUUUUAUUUGCGAAUCCUUUUGUUUAAUCCUCAAAAUAUAAAAAAAGUCUCUAAGAGACUUUUUUCUUAUUAACUCUUAACUUGGAAUUUUCCUUUGCUUCUUAGAAUUAUAUUAACACGUUACUAAAAAAUUACUUAUUUAUUGAGACAAUACCUAGGAAGGGUUGAUUUGAAGAUGAGGAAUUACCGCAUUCACUUGCUUUCUUCCUUUCUGUCUUUAGCUUAGUACAAUAGAAAACUUUUUUAUUUUCAUUGUUUGGAAGUGUUUCAACAAAUGAAAUAUUUUUCAAUUGAUAUCAGAUCUAAAACCUAAGUCUAAAGUCUAAGUAAAGUAUCUUAUUAGAAAACUUUUAAAAAUGUAAAAAAAUUUAAACAAAACAAAUGAAAUUACUAGAUUUCUUUUAUUCUCAUUAAAUAAAUAAAGUGGAAAUAAAAAAAAAAAAGAAAUCGAUCAAAAAAAGGGCGAUCGGAGUGAUACAAAGAGAACUCUGUUCUUUGUUAGUCCUAUCCAAAAGAAAAGAGAGGAGAAUAUAUGAAAAAUGUAAUUGAUUCUUUCGUUUACUUGGGCCACUGGCCAUACGCCGGAAGUUUCGGGUUUAAUACCGAUAUUUUAGCAACAAAUCCAAUAAAUCUAAGUGUAGUGCUUGGUGUAUUGAUUUAUUUUGGAAAGGGAGUGUGUGCGAGUUGUUUAUUUCCAGAAUAGGAUGGAUCCAUCCAUCUGCACUUAUGGUAUUUAUAAGGGAUAGGGGAAAUAGUAAAAAAGUGCACAAUCUCGACGAAUUUCUUCUGAAUAAAUUAAGAAAUUAUAUGCAAGAACCAUAGCAUUUCGUGAUUUAUUGGUAAAUCCACUUUGAUUCUCUAUCAACCAAUAAUGCGAGACCUUUAACAUGGUUAAAGCUAAAUUGUUUAAAGUCCGGACAAAACAUGGUAUUCUUUCUACCACUACGUUAGUAACCAAAUAGUUCAAAAAAAUUGGUAAUUUAUUUGAUUUUGAUAUAUAACACUCAUAUCAAUAAAUAAAUUGAAACUAUUUACGAGAUAAAAAAAGGAAACAAAGUUCCUUUUUUAUCUAAUGCCGAAUCGACGACCUAUGUAUAAAAAAGAGGAAUUUUUGGACUUGAAGAAACAAAAAUAUAAUAUAAUUAUUAUUAUUUUAAUUUUUAUUAUCAUAUUUCCUUUUUUCAUUCAAAAAAAUGAAAAAAAAAAAGUACAAAUAAAAAAACAACUUUGCUGACAAUUUUAGAUUUUGAUCUGGUCUAGUCGGAAGAGUCUUCCUAAUAUUCUGGUUUUUUAUUUUAUAAGUUUUGAUAUGUUUAACUACAAACAGAAAAGAGAAGGUAGGCUCAUUACAUUAAAAAAGCUAUGGGAAUACUCAUACCAUAAAUAAAUAAUUGAGCGUGAGAGCCAAAUGAAUCGAAAGAUUCAUGUUUGGUUCGGGAAGAGAUCAUGGAAGUUGUGAAAUUAAUGGUAAGAUAAUCUACUUUCAUUAAAUGAUUUAUUAGAUAAUCGAAAACAGAGGAUUUUAAGUACUAUUCGAAAUUCGGAAGAAUUACGUAAAGGGGCCGUUGAGCAGCUCGAAAGAGCCCGGACUUGCUUACGUAAAGUGGAAAUAGAAGCAGAUGAGUAUCGAAUGAAUGGAUACUCUGAAAUAGAACGAGAAAAAGUAAAUUUGAUUAAUGCCACUAGUGAUAGUUUGGAACAAUUAGAAAAUUACAAAAAUGAAACGCUUCAUUUUGAACAAGAAAAAGCGAUUAAUCAGGUCCGACAACGAGUUUUCCAACAAGCCUUACAGGGAGCUCUAGGAACUUUGAAUAGUUGCUUGAAUAGUGAGUUACAUUUCCGUAUGAUCCGUGCUAAUAUUCGCAUUCUCGGAGCCAUGCAAAAAAUAACGGAUUAGCCUUAGUUUCUAAUUUAGGCAUUAUUUUUUUCCUUCCUAAAAAGAAUAAAGAAACGCUAAUGGUAACCCUUCGAGCCGACGAAAUUAGUAAUAUUAUCCGUGAACGUAUUGAACAAUAUACUAGAGAAGUAAAGAUUGUGAAUACCGGUACCGUACUUCAAGUAGGCGACGGAAUUGCUCGUAUUCAUGGUCUUGAUGAAGUAAUGGCAGGUGAAUUAGUAGAGUUUGAAGAGGGUACAAUAGGCAUUGCUCUGAAUUUGGAAUCAAAUAAUGUUGGCGUUGUAUUAAUGGGUGAUGGUUUGAUGAUACAAGAGGGAAGUUCCGUAAAAGCAACAGGACGAAUUGCUCAGAUACCCGUGAGUGAGGGUUACUUGGGUCGUGUUAUAAAUGCUCUGGCUAAACCUAUUGAUGGGAGAGGUGAAAUUUCAGCUUCUGAAUCUCGGUUAAUUGAAUCUCCUGCCCCAGGUAUUAUUUCGAGACGUUCUGUAUAUGAGCCUCUUCAAACGGGGCUUAUUGCUAUUGAUUCUAUGAUCCCUAUAGGACGCGGUCAGCGAGAAUUAAUUAUUGGGGACAGACAGACCGGCAAAACAGCAGUAGCCACAGAUACAAUUCUCAAUCAAAAAGGCCAAAAUGUAAUAUGUGUUUAUGUAGCUAUUGGUCAAAAAGCAUCUUCUGUGGCUCAGGUAGUGACUACUUUCCAGGAAAGAGGGGCGAUGGAAUACACUAUUGUGGUAGCCGAAACGGCGGAUUCACCUGCUACAUUACAGUACCUCGCUCCUUAUACGGGAGCGGCUCUGGCUGAAUAUUUUAUGUAUCGUGAACGACAUACUUUAAUAAUUUAUGAUGAUCUCUCCAAACAGGCACAAGCUUAUCGCCAAAUGUCUCUUCUAUUAAGAAGACCUCCCGGUCGUGAAGCUUAUCCAGGAGAUGUUUUUUAUUUGCAUUCACGACUUUUGGAAAGAGCCGCUAAAUCAAGUUCUAGUCUAGGUGAAGGAAGUAUGACUGCUUUACCGAUAGUUGAGACUCAAUCUGGAGACGUUUCAGCUUAUAUUCCUACUAAUGUAAUUUCCAUUACAGAUGGACAAAUAUUCUUAUCCGCCGAUCUAUUCAAUGCCGGAAUCCGACCUGCUAUUAAUGUCGGUAUUUCUGUUUCCAGAGUAGGAUCCGCAGCUCAAAUUAAAGCCAUGAAACAAGUAGCCGGCAAAUUAAAAUUGGAACUAGCGCAAUUUGUGGAGUUAGAAGCCUUUGCACAAUUUGCUUCUGAUCUCGAUAAAACUACUCAGAAUCAAUUGGCAAGAGGUCAACGAUUACGCGAGUUGCUUAAACAAUCCCAAUCAGACCCUCUCGCGGUGGAAGAACAGAUAGCUACUAUUUAUACCGGAGCGAAUGGAUAUCUAGAUUCGAUAGAACUUGGACAGGUAAAGAAAUUUCUCGGUCAGUUACGCAACUACUUAAAAAAGAAUAAACCUCAAUUUAAAGAAAUUAUAUCUUCUACCAAGACAUUCACCGAGGAAGCGGAAUCACUUUUGAAGGAAGUUAUUCAGCAACAGAUCGAACUGUUUUUACUUCAAGAACAAACAUAAAUUUCUCACUUUUUUCUAUUCUUAGUACAAGAAUAAUCGUUGAGAAAUAGUUCUAAUUCGAAUGAUUCAAAAAAGGUUUCUUGGUAUAGCCAUUUUUAAAAUGGAUGUAAAUAAAUUGCGUCCAAUAGGAUUUGAACCUAUACUAAAGGUUUAGAAGACCUCUGUCCUAUCCAUUAGACAAUGGACGCUUUUCAUUCCUAUUUUCUUCUUUUGUAUUCUUAGUUCAUAUAAAAGAUAUUACCGGGAAAAUCCUUUAUAGAAAAAAGGAUGUAUAUCUAAAUUGAUGGUGCAUGUAUUUAUAAUACAUAAUAUGUAGCGGGUAGCGGGAAUCGAACCCGCAUCGUUAGCUUGGAAGGCUAGGGGUUAUAGUCGACGUUGGUUGAUCAUUUUUAACGUCUCUAAUUCAAAACUGAACAUGAAAUUUUUAUUUCAUUCGGCUCCUUUAUGGAAGAUUGAUGUAUUCAUAGAGAAAGAAUUACAUCCAUAACAUCUAUGUCAGCCUUUCUGUUUGAAUGUAUCCAAAACUAUUUGCUUACUAGAUGAUCCCUCUAGAGGAGAGGGAUUAUAUGAAAUCCGUCUAGUCUAGUUACUUCGUUCUCUAUUUCUACUGGCAGGAUCCUGAGGAAAAGAAUUUCGUUUCCACCGAGCUGAAACAAUAUGCGAUGCGGAUGGUUCUAGUAAACCAAAACCACUCUCUUCCAGCUUGUUUGGCUUCAAUUUCCCUUUUACAACACCAAAAUAGAAGAUCUAGUUACGAUUGGAACUAAAUUUUUGUAUCUUCAUCCAUGGAUCCUUAGUCAUACUUAUUCAAUUGGAAGACUGGAUCCAGUUCAAAAAAAUUAUGUUUCACGACUACAUAAUCCAUUUUUAUUUUUAAUAGGACUUUGGAUACAAAUCGUGAGAAUGUAUGUUCUUCCUCAAAUAUGCUAUUGAGAGGUAAAGGAUUAAACCUUUUUAAGAAAUAAAGUUUUUGAUCGGAGUAUGAAAAAAAACGGAGAUACCCCUUCCCUUAACUAUUUAAGUUUUUAAUAGAACGAAUCACACUUUUACCACUAAACUAUACCCGCUACAUAUACAUUAUUGUAUAUAAAUGGACUAUUUGUCGAACAAAGGAGUGAGACGCAAUCAAGAUAGGAUCCAAAUUAUGGUGUUGACGCAUAUUUAGUCCUGUUAGCCGGGGACUUAAAAGGGUAAAGGGCCCAAAGCUUUUCAAAUUUUCGAAUUUUUUAAAUAACAUACAUAAAUUUCAAUAAGACUAUAUAUAUCCUUGUUUUGUUGGAUUGCUAGUAUUUUCGGAUUGAAAGGGUCAUUGAAGCUAGACAAAAAGAGGUACUGGCCUGGCCGGUACUUAACUAAGACCCGGCCUGGGCCGGGGGAAUAAAUCUUUCGUACAAAAUCAAAGAAGUAAGGUAUUCUUUCUAUUGUAUUGUAGAUACUUGUUUCGAAUCAUUAUCUAAAUGUAAUUCCUAAUCAAAUUCGUUCUUUAUUUACUCUGAACUUACUUAUUUUAUAUUAAUGAAAAAUAGGAAAUUCCUAAUAUAAAAUUUUAUAAUUGCAUUUUAUUUAAUUAUAAAAUAAUAAUUUAUUUAUAAUAUAUACAUAUAUAUUUAUAUAUUAUAAAUAUAUACUAUAUAUGUAAUAGUAAUAUAUAUGUAAUAGUAAUAUAUAUUAAUUAGUAAUAUAUAUUAAUUCAUAAUAUAUGAUAUGAAAUAUGAAAAUAAAAUAAAGAAAAUAUUGAAUUUUCCGUAAUUUCUUUAAUUUAAAUUAUUUCGAUUUUCUUUUCCAUUUGGAGUUUGGAGAGAUGGCUGAGUGGACUAAAGCGUCGGAUUGCUAAUCCGUUGUACGAAUUAUUCGUACCGAGGGUUCGAAUCCCUCUUUCUCCGCUCGCUCUGAUUACUCGACCCGCUUGAUACUUUCAAUUUCGAACUUUCAAAAGGAAUUGAAAUUCCUUGAAUUUAUCAUAGGUAAAUUUAUAGAAUAGAUAAAAUAAUAAGAAAAGUUUAGUAAGAAAAGUUUAGAAAAAAAAAAUUAUUCCUCACGUCCAGGAUUACGUCCUGGAUCAUUAGAUAAGAAUCCGAAGAUGAAGAGAGAAACAAAGAAUAUCACUACUGUGUAAACAAAGAGUUUAAGACUAAGCAUUACACAACCUCCAAAAUAAUCUUAUUUUCGAAAAAGGGAAUAGAUUACCUAUUUUUUCUUUUCAACACAUCUACUAUUUUGUUUAAUUUGUUUGUUUAAUUUUACACGAUCCCCUGCAAAAAAAUUCAAUUUUGGAAAAGAAAGUCAUUUUUACAAAUUUCUUUGUAUUGUAUGUAAUAAGAUUUUUCUUUCUUACUUACAACUUACAAAAAACUUCUUGUCAUAUCGACAAUUAGGUAUUGUAGGGGACCUAGACCCAGUAAACUCUUUGCUCACUGAAAGGUGAGAACGAGUAAAUAAGCUGAUCCAAAUUCAUCUUUGCGGUUAUUUAAUUAAUAUACAAUAAUUGAAAUUUUUGAAUCGAGGGUUUAUAAUAAUAAUGUAAUACUUAGUCGAUCUUAUUCAUUUUUCGAAUUUUAUUAUCGAAUAAAUUAUGAAUCGAUUUGGAUUUGGCAAAAUGAGUCUAUUUGGCAAAGUAUUAAAAAUUUUAUCGAAAACUUACAGCAGCUUGCCAAACAAAGGCUAAUAGAAAAAAGAAAAGAGGUAUAACAGGCAUAACAUCUACGAUUGGAUUGAAAACCGCAUAAGCUUCAGGCAAUUUGGCAAAGAAAAAACUGUUCGAAUAAAGGACAGAAUUAAGACAGAUACAGAUUAAGCUAAAGAUAUUAAGCAUAACAAACAUUUCGUUCUUGUGUAUUAGAUAAUUUUAUUUUGAUUGAAUUAUUUUUAUAAGGGAAAAAUGAAAAAGAAAGGAAUUCUACUUUCAUACAUUAUCUUAAUUGAAUUCUACGUAAUGAUCAAUGAAUUUUUUACAUUAUAUAUAAUUUAUAUGUCUUAAAUCCUAGCAACAAAAAUAUGCUACAUAUGUAUUUCAUAUAUAUUUAUUUUUCAUAUGUAUUUAUUUAUGUAUUACGUAUUAUGUAAUGUACUUUUUUAGGUAUUUUUUUUGGGGGGGGUUGACCAAUAACUAAUAAGACUAGUAGUCUUUAUUAGUGCCAAAGGAUAAAAAUGGGGCGUGGCCAAGCGGUAAGGCAGCGGGUUUUGGUCCCGUUAUUCGGAGGUUCGAAUCCUUCCGUCCCAGAUCCUAUCUAUCAGAAACAGAAGAUAGGAUCACACUGUAUCCCACAUAAAAAAAUCUUUAAGAGAACAAAAAGUUGUUCUGAAUUCUUAGAAUGUAUUUUUUUUUUUCAUUUUUAAUUAAAAUUAUUUUUUGGUUUAUCAUUCACAUUCAGAAUAUGCUCGUACUAUGUUAUAUUCAUUUUGAAGACUAUGUUAUAUUCAAUUUUAAGUUAGUUACCCAUUUAACUAAAUUGAAUAUAACAUAUUCAUAAAAUGUGAAUUAUCACAUAAUGCAUUCUGAAUUGCAGCGUGAAACAAAGGCAUCCCUCUUCCCUUCCAUACAACGCCUAAAGUAAAAAAUCGAUAUCCCAAUUUUUCUAUGUGGAGAUGAUACUAAAAAGUAGCGAGUUUUUGUUACUAAUUUCAUCAGUUUCAUCAUCAGUCUUAGAAAACCUCUAAAGUUGUGGUAUGGUAACAAAAUAGGAGAAUUGUCGGAAUUCCAUUUCUUUCUAUCUUAUAUCUUAGAUUCCUCAAAUAAAAAUUUUUGGAAAUAUAUGUUUGUAAAUCCAUGUAAUGUAAAGUAAGGAUUGGGGGAAAUUAGUAUAUUUCAUAUACUUGUACUUGAACUUUUUUAU